UGAUCGAUGUAGGAGCUAAACCACUUUUUCAUGCACAGAACUUUCUCCAUCACAUCUUUUCAGUGAGAGGAUGUCCAUCUGAAAUAAAACCCUCAUGUGCUUGGUUAAAUUCUUAAUUUGGAGUUUUCGUAUGUUUGGAUUUACUUGUUGAGGAAUGUGAAAUCUGGUGGCUGUGGUUUGACUGAGUGCACCGACUCUCCACCUCUUCUGAAUAAUGCCUCGUUCGUUCUUGGUAAAGCGAGGAGGGCUGCACCACCUUCGCCCCACAGCAAGCAGCCCAUGCCCAGGAACCACCCCAGUAACAUUCAGACAACUGGAAAAAGAAGGGGUCCUGAAAGAGCAGGGGUCCUGGGAUACACCCCUGGAGUAUUCCUCCACAAACAGACAGGAUAUUUAUAACCCCGUGGCGACUAAUGCACCAUCGUCACAGCAAUGUCCCCCUCCUGCCCUUCACUCUCAUGCAAACAGUCUCCUUCCGCCGUGCAGUCCCAGAUCUCAUGGCUGCAGAGCUGCUGACCUUUGCAGCCCUACCAAUUUAAAUGCAUCUUGCCCGACUGAGAAAGCCGGAUCUCCCCCUGUUUCGUCAGCGCCGUGGUUCAGGCCCACUGCAAGCUCACUGUCAGCGGGGAUGGGAGAGUUGAUUGAGCACCCACGGGUCCUGAGAGAGGCCAAAGGCAGUGGCAGCGCUAAGAUCGGUGCUCCUGGGGAAGAGUGUCCCAUCUGUGGCAAAAUGUUUCCGUCUCUGUCAAGUCUAAAGUGUCACAUUCGUAAGAGUCAUGGAGGCACCAAGACCAGGAGGACGGACGCUGAACAGCCAACAUGCAAGGGCAAGGAGAGGACAUUUGGCUGCAAGGUGUGUGGCAAAGUGUUCAAGCGCUCCUCCACCCUCUCUACUCAUCUGCUCAUACACUCCGACAUCAGGCCUUACUCCUGCGAGUACUGUGGCAAGAGGUUCCACCAGAAGUCUGACAUGAAGAAACACACCUUCAUACACACCGGUGAGAAGCCUCAUGUGUGCCAAGUCUGCGGCAAGGCCUUCAGCCAGAGCUCCAACCUCAUCACCCACAGUCGUAAACACAAGGAGGACCGGCCCUACAGCUGCCCUCGCUGCCUCUACGGCUUCCAGCGCAAAGUGGACCUGAGGCAGCACCAGGAGCAACACUGUGCUCACCGCUGACUCUGCCACAACGAGCCAAAGUCAGCCUCUGGCUUUGUUCAGGAUCAGAGAGUGGAAACACAUUCAGGAGAUAAAACUGCUUGUUACUUUCUUACCAUGGAAAUCAGCUGAAAUAAACUCUUCAUCCCAGAGCAAUCCUCACCAAGGCAUGUGCUUGUGUAUAUUUAUAUUUAAGACUUUGCGGACAGCAUUUACAAAAAUCCUAACCCUUGGACCAAAAGCAGCCAGCCAAAAACACCCAGGAGUCAAAUAAUAUUAAAUUAUGGCAUGUUUUGGCAAGGAGACCCUAUCUGGGGUAAUUUCACCCUUAAACAAUGUGUCUACCUUGGGCCUGAUUUUGGCAUGGCCAAAAUCUGAUGGGGUUCCUAAACGAAAUACUCAGUAACAGCAGACUAGAGUCCUAUAUCUUUGUUUACAAGUACUUGUGUAUGUUUUCCAGAAACUGCUUGUCUCACUCUCACAUAACUUGUCCGUACAUAUGUAGGCAGAGCUGUGAUCAUGUGGCGCCAGAGCUGUGAAGUUAAACUGCAAGUGAACUUUCAUUUUCCCUCUCAGACUCAGAGAAAGAGAGAAUAACAUAAACCAGACAGUGCGUAAAUGCUAACUUGUGUCAUCUCUUUCAGUUUGAGUUUUAGACUCCCGCAGCUUCUGCUCUGCGGAUCCACAUCAGUGCAGUUAAAUACAGAGAAAUAUGGUGAAAAUAAUGCCUUUUAAGCAAAUGAACAGAGUGAAAGUCUGCACAGAGCCUAAUAAAUCAGGAAAUCUUUUUUGUGUCUUUUUU